AUGGGGAUUUCUCGUGAUUCUAUGCACAAGAGGAGGGCCACUGGAGGCAAGAAGAAAGCUUGGAGAAAGAAGAGAAAGUAUGAGCUCGGAAGGCAGGCUGCAAACACUAAGCUGUCUAGCAACAAGACAGUGAGGAGGGUUAGGGUUCGAGGAGGAAAUGUGAAGUGGCGUGCUCUGAGGCUCGAUACUGGAAAUUUCUCAUGGGGUAGCGAGGCUGUGACCCGAAAGACUAGGAUUCUUGAUGUGGUGUACAAUGCAUCCAACAAUGAGUUGGUUCGUACUCAAACUUUGGUGAAGAGUGCCAUCAUUCAGGUUGAUGCUGCACCUUUCAAACAGUGGUAUCUCCAGCACUAUGGUGUGGACAUUGGUCGCAAGAAGAAAGCUGCAGCAGCCGCCAAGAAGGAAGGAGAGGAAGGUGAAGCUGCUCCAGAGGAGGUGAAGAAGAGCAAUCAUGUCCAGAGAAAGCUGGAGAAGAGACAAGAGACUCGCAAGCUAGACUCACAUAUUGAGGAGCAAUUUGGUAGCGGACGUUUGUUAGCUUGUAUUUCAUCACGGCCUGGUCAGUGUGGCCGUGCUGAUGGAUACAUCUUGGAGGGCAAAGAACUGGAGUUUUACAUGAAGAAGAUACAAAGGAAGAAGGGCAAGGGAGCUGCCUAG